AUGGCUUCCAGUUCUUUGAUGAAACCUCAGAUGCAUGGCCUUCUGGCCAAGUGUCUGCUAUUUCAUAUUGCUGGAGCAUUCAUUUUAUCUCUGGGAGCUGCAGCUUUCUGUAAGUUUGCUGUGGCUGAACCAAGAAAGAAGGCAUAUGCAGAUUUCUACAGAAUUUAUGAUUCCAUAAAAGAUUUUGAGGCGAUGAGGAAAGCUACUGUCUUUCAGAGUGCAAAAUGA